AUGAGCAGCGAGCAUCCUAUCAACCCCGACGUAGUCAAACGCCCAUUGGUCAUCUGUGGACCAUCCGGUACGGGCAAAUCGACGGUUCUCACACCUAUCCUCAAAGCUCACCCAGGAACGUUUGGAUUCUCCAUUUCCCAUACUACGAGAUCCCCGCGUGCAGGUGAAGAGAAUGGUCGAGAAUAUCACUUUGUGACCAAGGACGAGUUCAUGAAGCGAGUGGAGAACGGUGAAUUCCUAGAAUGGGCUCAAUUUGGAGGAAAUUGCUACGGCACGACGUUCGCAGCUCUCUCUUCACUCGCUCCCAAACGAUGUAUCCUCGAUAUUGAGCUCCAGGGAAUCCUCCAACUUCGAGAGAAAGCCCAUCUUCAAACGCCUCCCCUCGACCCCGUCUACCUCUUCAUUGCCCCGCCUUCCUUGACCAUCCUGAAGCAACGCUUAAAGGGUCGAGGCACAGAGACGGAGGAAUCUAUGAGGAAACGAUUAGAUGCGGCGAGGGCAGAAAUCGAAUUUGCCAUGACUGGAAAGCACGAUAUCGUCAUUGUCAACGACAAUGUCGAAGAGGCGAGAGCGAAGCUUGAGAAAGUUGCCAUGGGUUAUGAGGGCUGGCAAUCGUGCGGUGAUGCGUUGCCAGAAUUCAACAUCAAGGAUCUCGAUUAA